AUGGUGGAGAGCCGCAGCACCAUCGCCUUCUUCGGGACCUUCAGGCCAGCGGUGGCGCUGGACCUCUUCUCAGUCCCAGUGAACCCGACGACAUCGUCUGCACCGGACGAGCAGCGCCUCACCGACGGUAAGUCGUACAACCAAAACGGCCAGGCCAUCACGCCCGCGGCUCUCAAGGAGCUCCUGGCCAGGAACAGCCCCGCGCUGGCCGGCGUUGCCACUCCGGAUGACGUGGACAAGGGCCGUGUCACCGGCAUCGUCUUUGUCUCCGAGAGGGACAACGGCCUGGAGACGCUCCAUGUGGCCCUGUGCGCCGCAGGCAAGACCACGGUGGUGUCGCUUGCCGACAUCUACGGCACCGACACCUUCGGUGGGGUCCGAAUGGAGGACAGCGGCUGCUUGGCCGGUGGCUUCGAGGUGGGCGGUCGCACCGUCGGGCACUCGCUGGUGUACGUGUCCACCAAGCAGCCGGCGGCGGCACGGCGCACUCCGUGGACCGUGGUGUACAAGACCAACCUUGCCGACGGCAGGACGGAGCGCCUCACUCCGCCGGAUCAAUACGACCUGAACCCGGCCGUGUCGCCGUCCGGGAAGAGGGUGGCGGUGGCCAACUUCCGGUUCAACCAGUGGACCGGCGAGAUCGGCCGACUCAAGACGGAUAUCGUGGUGAUGAACGUGGACCGGCAGGCGCAGGGUGGGCUUGGGCGCAGCGUCCUCAUCAAGGACGGCGGGUGGCCGACGUGGGGCAGCGACACCGUCAUCUUCUUCCACCGAGGGGUGGAUACCAUAGACAAAGCCAGUGGGAGGACCAAUACUGCCUGGGGCGUGUACCGGUACGACCUCACCACCAAGGACGACCCCGUCAAGGUGACCCCUGACGGCAUCCAAGCCAUGACUCCGGCGGCCAUCAGCGAGACCAAGGUGGCGGUGGCCGUCACCCGGGAGGGUACCCGGAUAGCGAUAGCGGUCGUGGAUCGCGAUAAAAAGGAACAGUACCGCCACAUCGAGAUCUAUGACUAUGAGGUCGGUAAGCUUGCCAGCCCGGUGAUAAUCACCCAUAGCACGGUGCUCAAUGGGUUUGCAGAUCACUACAGCCCGUUCGUGCUAGACGGGGGCACCCGUGUCGGUUUCCACCGCUGCAUAACCGACAAGGAGAAUACUGCCGCUCCGGAGAACUUCAGCAAGCUGCAGAGCCCGCCGACGCAAAAGGACGUCGGGAUCUACCGGAUGGCCGGCGUGUUCCCGAGCAUCAACAAGGCGGGCACCAAGAUCACCUACGUGGACAACGAGUUCAAAACCGUGUGGGUCGCUGACGAAAAGCACGGGCCGCGAGAAGCCCAUAAGAACAAGGACAGCAACAAAAUCUUGUCCACUACGUGGAACCAAGGCACGGACAAGGACACGGGCGAGGAAAAGGACAUCGUCUACUUCUGCGUGGGCACGGCCUUCAGCACCGACUGCAUAGAGAUCUGUGCCCUCGAGGGUGCCUCCGAGCUAGAGCACAAUGACAGGAGAAUGAAGACCCUCACCAACGGCAAGUACAACAACGCCUUCCCGUCGAGCAACAAGGAUGGGACCAAGUUGGUGUUCCGGUCGACGCGCAACAGAAUGGGUAAGCCUGAGGACGUCAAGUACAAGAACCUCUACAUCAUGGAGGACGCGGACGAAGGGGAGUGGGGUUCAGGCACGGUGACGCAGCUCACCGACGGGCCCUGGACCGACAGCCACUGCACCUGGUCGCCCACCGAUGACUGGAUCGUCUUCUCCUCCUCCCGCGACAGGGCGCCCGGCGCGCCGGACAGGGACAUCCUCGAUGCCGGCUUUUUCUCUAUCUUCCUCGUCCUAGCCACCGACCCCAGUGUGUUGGUGCGGGUCAUGCACAGCGCCGACUCCCUGGCCGGCCAUGUCUGUCACCCCGUCUUCAGCCCCUUCAAGGACAGCAUCGUCGUCACCUCCGACAUCGCCGGCGUCUCCGCCGACCCGGUCUCUUUGCCCAUCUUCAUCCACUCCGUCAGGCCCUACGGUGACAUCUUCACCAUCAACCUCCGCGACAAAAAUGACAUCAUGAAGAACAAGGAUAUCAUGGAGUUCGACCGCAUCACGCACACCCGCUACGAGUACUCUACGCCCACCUGGACCAAGGAUUUGGGUGACGACCUCAACAACAAGUGGAAAACCGCCGGUAGAGGUGCGGCGGAGUGCCCCGCCGGGCGGUGCUAGUUAUUUCCCUUUCCAUUUCAUGCAUCUCAUUUCAGAUCGACUUUCAUCAAUCCAUCCCACAAUAAACUCGCGCAGCGCGCGGCACCUACCAAGUUUAGUUUGUUUCAGAUUUGUUUUCUCGUUCCCAAUUUGUUUCCAUCAGAACAACAAGUGAAGUCAUCCAAUUAUGUGUAUAGCUUCUACUAACUAGCCUACAAAAACGUCUUAUAUUUUGUGAUGAAGGUAGUAGCUAUACACAUUACACACUUUCAUUAAUUUCUACUCCACUACUGUUCUUGUUACACUCCG